AACCAGACCGGCAAAGCACAUUAGAGUAGACAGAGCUGCUUUACUCUCUCUUGCGUUGUUCUCAUUAUAGUUUGACCUUUUUGUCACAGUAUCACUCAUCAUUUGGAGACACUUGGCAAUGGAACAGAGAGGAGUCUGCAAUUCCUGGCACUGGCAAGUAAUGGGUUUAUUCUUUGUUAGCUUGAAUGUAGCUUCUGCACAGCUAAGAUAUUCUGUAUACGAAGAAUCCGAGCCUGGAACUUUAGUAGGCAAUGUUGCUAGGGACAUGGGAUUAAACACGGAAGGGAUUUCUGAGCGAGGACUGCAGCUGGGAUCUGAACAAAGCCAGCAAUAUUUUGCACUGAAUCUCGAGAGUGGAUCGCUCCUGGUGAAACGUAAGAUAGACAGAGAAAGCUUGUGUGGCACAAACCUAAACUGCGUUCUGCCAGUAGAAAUUGUUUUUGAAAAACCCUUGGAACUGUUUCGCCUGGAGGUAGAGAUUCUGGAUAUAAAUGAUCACUCCCCUGUAUUUCCCAGCGCAGAACGCGUCAUCAGAAUCACAGAGCUGGCCGCAGUGGGUACUCGAUUUCCUCUAGAGAGAGCUCAGGAUCCAGAUGUGGGAAUCAACUCGGUCAGCUCCUACAAGUUACAGCAGAACCAGUAUUUUUCUUUAGUCGUACAUAACCGCAAAAACGACAGACCUUCCCCUGUACUUGUUCUGGAAAAAGCUCUAGAUAGGGAAGAACAAGCUCAACUCAAAUUGGUUCUGACUGCGUUUGAUAGUGGGGAGCCCUCUAGAUCCGGAACUGCUAUAAUUUCUAUUAUUGUUAUAGAUCUGAAUGACAACGCUCCAGUGUUUGAUAAUGCAUUCUUCAAAGUUACCGUCAAAGAAAAUGCACCGUUAAAUACUCUGGUCAUGAGACUGAUCGCAACGGAUAAAGACGAAGGUCCAAAUGGUGAGAUUAGCUAUUACUUUGCAGAUAUAUCUUCAGAGGAGGCGGCCAAUGUCUUCAGCUUGGAUCACCAGACAGGAGACAUCCGCGUUAAAGGACAGCUGGAUUUCGAAAAACAACGUUCGUAUGAAAUCUCCGUCAAAGCCUUGGACCAUGGGGCUCCAGAAAUGGAAGGCCAUUGCGUUAUCCAGGUGGAUAUCGAAGAUGUCAAUGACAAUGCUCCUGAAAUUAUCAUCUCUUCGUUGGUAACGUCUAUUCCUGAGGAUACCCCCAUUGGAACCACUGUGGGAUUAUUAAGGGUGAGCGAUCUAGAUACUGGUGAAAAUGGAGAGGUGCAAUUGGAAAUUUCUCCAGAUCUCCCAUUUACGAUCACAUCAAACCAAAAUCACUAUUCCUUAGUGACAAAUGGAUUGCUGGACAGGGAAUCUGCUAGUCAGUACACAGUUCAACUAACCGGGACAGAUUUGGGAGUCCCACGACUUAAAACGCAGACAGUAGUAAAUAUAACGGUCACCGAUAUCAAUGACAACCUGCCAAGUUUUGAAAGAUCAAUUAUCAAUGUCGAUAUACAAGAAAACAACAAACCUGGCACCCUGCUUUGUACCGUCUCUGCUUCCGACAGAGAUAUUGGAGAAAACGCUCGUAUAACUUACUCCAUAUAUAACAGCCUCAUUAAUGGCUCCCCAGCAUUGUCCUUUAUUUACAUGGAUACUAAAAGCGGUAACAUUUAUGCUCAACAGUCCUUUGAUUAUGAGCACGCUCAGGUUCUGCAGUUCACAAUCAGAGCAGAGGAUUCUGGGACGCCAAAACUGUCCUCCAACAUUACAAUCUAUCUGCACAUUCUGGAUGAAAAUGACAAUUACCCUGUGAUUUUAUACCCAGGAAACUCAAGACAUGCUCCAACACAACAGACUGUCCCCAGGUCCUUACCAACAGGUUCUUUGGUGACCAAAGUCGUAGCGGUGGACGCAGAUUCUGGAUACAAUGCCUGGCUCACGUAUAGCAUUGCAAAAUCAACAGACCCUUCACUUUUUAAAAUUGCCUCUCACACAGGGGAAGUCCGGAUUGUCCGAAGAUUCCAAGAGACAGAUUUACCCUUGCAUAACCUUUGUGUCGUAGUUCAAGAUAACGGGAAGCCAUCCUUGUCCUCUACAGCUACCUUGCUGAUUUCUCUGGAGGCUGGGUCCUCUACAGAAAGUCAUUAUUCUACAGACUCCGAUUCCAAGACCGUACAAACGCCAAACAUAACUAUGUAUCUUAUUAUCACUCUUGCUGCCAUGAGUCUACUGUCAGUUAUUACUUUCAUUAUUUUGCUGGCAAAAUGUCUGAGACGUAAGAACGAAAUGGCCAGUUCUAAUCAGUAUGUUGGGCAUUCACACAAAACGUUACAAUUGAACCCGGACAGCACCCUUAGGUACGUGGAGGUGUCCAUGAUGGCAAGGGAGCAGGAAAACCAGUUGCCUAAGACGGGUAACUCUUCAGAAAGUAACAGGGACACGUUAAACAUGAUGAAAUCUUUGAAUUUCCCACAAUUAAAGCAGCUUGUCAAUGAGAGCGAUGAAACCCUUACGAGGCCGAUUGGCUGGGCGAGUACAGCACGGGUGAAAUAAAACUGAAUUGGGACUUUGUAUGCAAUAUUUAAUUUUGCAUCGUUAUCUUCAGCACUUUGUAAUUUUACUUGCAAAGGUGCUUCACACUGUUUCAAGUGCUCUGUAUGUUUAUCUAUAGAUAUUGAUGGCUAUUUCCUAUAGCUUUUGAUACAGUCGCUGGUUACUUUAUUUUUGUAUUCCUUUUAUAUGUGAUGGUUUGCUGUUAAGGCAGAUAUAUAUAUAUAUAUAUUUUUCAAAGUCUAGCGCAGCAGCUGGCAGUGAAUAUUGUGACCUUAAGUCCCACAAUAGUUGUAAUGCUACCCACAAGCUACCUACCUCUGAUCUAGAACUUGCAACCUGCUAUAAAGUACUUGUCCAGCAGAGGGCAGAAUAUAUCCCCAGUCAAUAGCUGAAAUGAUCGUUGAUUAAGAUGUUAGAACUACAGUAUAGUUGAUUAUGAUGUUUUUGGAAAUAUAUUGGGAGAUGGUGGUGACAUUUUUAAAAGUAAAAAAAUAUAUAUUUUUAGUAUUUUAUUGAGGGUGCAUGCAGGCAUGGUUUAAUAAUACUGGAUGUUAGCAUACACUUCUGUCGCCUUGUCUGAAUAGUAUAUACGGUACUGUACACAGGCAUACUUAGAAAAAUAUAUACAUAUAACAUAUUAAUCCAUUGCUUUUUAAAACAAUGCUGGUAUAUCUCAUUUUUG